CGCUCUGUCACUAAGAGGGAUCUGACUGUCCUUCUUUGUGAGCUGACUCACUCCUCCUGGUCCUCUCCUCGCUCUCAUCUCCCACUCAACCCAAACAGUGCUUUCCUCUUUUUUUUUCUUCUUUUUUUCCUUCUCCCUUUGACACGCAACCCACCGUAACCAUGAAAAAGUCCAGCUUCAAGUCCAGCUACAGCAUGUCCAGCGGCGGCUACGGCAGCGGGGGCAGCGGCUAUGGCAGCGGGGGCGGCGGCGGCGGUGGUGUCAGCAGCUUCAGCCAGUACAGCAGCGGCGGCGGAGGCGGUGGUGGAAGCGGCUUCAGCCAGUACGGCAGUAUCAGCGGCGGCGGCGGCGGCGGCGGAUCAGCAAACCGUGGCUUCUCCAGCAGGUCGUACUCAUACUCCAGCAACCAAAGGAGCAGCAGUGGCCCGUUCCAGGCGUACGGCGUUCAGUACGGCAAUAUGGGCAUGGGCGGCGGUGCUGGCGGCAUGGGUGGCGGCUUUUCCGGUGGCAUCACCGCCGUUACUGUCAACAGCAACCUGCUGGCCCCCCUCAACCUGGAGAUCGACCCCGACAUCAAUCUCGUCCGCAGCCAGGAGAAGGAACAGAUCAAGACCCUGAACAACCGCUUUGCCUCCUUCAUCGAUAAGGUACGUUUCCUAGAGCAACAGAACAAGAUGCUGGAGACCAAGUGGUCCUUCCUGGAGAACCAGACCGCCACCCGCUCCAACAUCGACGCCAUGUACGAGGCCUACAUCGCCAACCUGCGCAGGCAGCUCGACGGUCUUGGCAAUGAGAAAGUCAAGCUGGAGGGAGAGCUGAAGAACAUGCAAUGCCUGGUGGAGGACUUCAAGAACAAGUAUGAAGAUGAAAUCAACAAGAGAGCUGCCGCAGAAAAUGAAUUUGUCUUGCUCAAGAAGGAUGUUGAUGGAGCAUACAUGACCAAAGUAGAACUGGAGGCACAGGUUGAUGCACUCCAGGAUGAAAUUAACUUCCUCAGAGCCGUCUACGAAGCGGAGCUGCGUGAGCUGCAGAACCAGGUGAAGGACACCUCCGUCGUGGUGUCGAUGGACAACAGCCGCAACCUGGACAUGGAUGCCAUCGUGGCGGAAGUGCGCGCCCAGUACGAGGACAUCAACAACCGCAGCCGCGCAGAGGCCGAGACCUGGUACAAGACCAAGUUUGAGGAGAUACAGACCACUGCUGGAAGACAUGGCGAAGAUGUGCGUAACACCAAGUCGGAGAUCGCCGAGCUCAACCGCAUGAUCAGCCGCCUACAGAACGAGAUCGAGAAUGUCAAGGCACAGCGUGCCUCCCUGGAGGCUCAGAUCGCAGAGGCCGAAGAGCGUGGAGAGCUUGCCAUGAAAGACGCCAGGCUCCGCCUCAGAGAUCUGGAGGAUGCCCUGCAGAAAGCCAAGCAGGACAUGGCCCGCCAAGUGCGCGAGUACCAGGAGCUGAUGAACGUUAAGCUGGCCCUGGACAUCGAGAUCGCCACCUACAGGAAGCUGCUGGAAGGAGAGGAGGACAGAAUAUCUAGCGGCGGGCCUUCGGCGACCAUCCAUGUUCAGUCCAGCACAAGCACCACCAAAUCUGCCGGCGGCGGCGGUGGUUAUGGUUACGGCAGUGGUGGUGGCGGCGGCGGCGGCGGCGGCGGCAUGGCGUAUGCUGGAGGUGCAUACGGCGGUGGAGGUUAUGGAGGUGGUGGAAGUGCUGGUGGCAGCAUGAGCAUGUCCAGGAGUACCUCCAGGGUUAGCAACAGCGGCGGCAGCAGGCGCUAUUAAAGAUGAGCCCCCUUCUCCCCCCUCUCUCCUCCCCCCUCCUUUCCUUCCUGUCUCUCUUGCUUCUCCAUAAACACUGGAGAUUCAGUCAUGUGACCUGACCCUCAGCGGGGCAUCUAUUGAUCCAUGUUUGAAUAUAUUCUAAUGGUCUCCAGAACCCAAGAUACUCAUUCCUGGAUGAAACAAACAACAGAAAUUCUAGUCAGUUCAGGCCAUGUGCCAUAACUAGGAAGCCCUUUUUAUGUCCGAAACCAAUCGAAACCACACUGGGGAUAUUUUUAAGUCUUACCUUUCUGUUUGUUUUUUUAUGUGCAAUUUCUCUUCUUUCAACAGUUUUCUUUAACUGACACAAACCUGAUCUCAAAAAUGCAAAAAAACAAACAAACAAAAAAAUGAUUAUGAGACAAAUUUAUGAGACACCUAGCCAUGAAGAAGAUUGUCAGCUUCCUUUCUGUCAGUCUGGCUGUUAGAAAGUGAGAAAGAUACUUACUAUUUACAUCCUCCAAGAGCAGGGCCUGCAGUGCCACUGGUGAGUGCAGUCAGCCUGUGCUCUUGUUGCUGUUGCAAGUGUGAAGGCCAACAGGGCCUCAAAGCAAGCCUGUGCUUCCAUUCUUCUCACAAAGGCAGAAGGCCUUCCAGCUUUGCUGUGUUAUGAGUCAACAAAAAACAGUCUUUUUCUAGUUUAAAAAAACGAAGCGGUGCCCCCUCCCAUUGAAGGAGGUAGUCUGUACUGAAGUAGGUCUGAAAAUCUGACAUUUUUUCUUUACCGUUUUCCUCCUCUCCCAGGGAUGUUGGGUUCACCACAGAGGUUUUUUUUUAAAUGCUAAGGUUUCGUUUUCUUUUUUUGAUUUCACUUCACAAGUAAAAGGCUGACCACUGUGACCAGAUUUAAAACAGAUGAAACAUGUACUACACCAGAAACCUGAAUAAAUCUGUGUUCUGUAA